AAGUCAGAGCAGCAGCCUUGAGCCCUUGGCUGUUGGGGGCGGGUGGACUGACUCACUUGGCCCCCUCCCUGGUGCCGAUGGGGCAGCCCCCACACCCCUGGGCGCUGGCACCCCGUCAGGCCCCUGGGUUUGGGAACAGGAAGCUGCAGCCCCGCGGCGCCUGACCCGGGCCGGCCCGAGGAUGCGCUCUGCGCGCCGCGACCCGCCGGCCCCCGAGCCCGGAGGAGAUGUUUAGGCAGCGACCCCCCAGAGCAGGCUCGCUCCCGCGGCCGCCCGCUGGGGCCACCCUGGCCGCGGGCCCGCCGGGCCGCCCCUGCUGGCGGCGCCCCUCCCCGGGCCGUGGCGCGUCCCCCGAGCCUCGCAGUAUUUCCUUCCUGCACCUUUAAGAAGACCGUUGCUCCGUGGUGGGAUGGUGUGUUAAAGCCACACAGAGGAAGUUACGCAGCCCGGAUCAGACCCAGAGAUAAAAGCCCCGAUGGUGAUCGUGAGGGAUGGCAAGAGGAUUUAGCCUCGGCAUUAACUUGGAGCGGAGCGCAGGGGGGCGGUGAAGCUCCCCGCCAUCUGGCCCGCGCCGCCGCCGCCGCCGGGGGGAUAUGCCCCGGCGCCCCGACGAGCAGCCGCGAAGCCCACCCGGGCCGGGGGCCGCCCGGUGCCCGCGCGCCGGUCCUCUCCGAGCCGCCCAGGGGGCCCCAAAAGUUUGCACUUGUUAGAGGCGACCUCCCGCUCGGCCGGGGCGGGCGAUGCGGGCGGCGCGGGCGGCCCCCUCCCCCGGCCCGCGUCUCCGGGACGGCUGCGGGCGGCCCCCCCGGCGGCCGGAGGGCUCCCCAGCCCCGAUCUGACGGCCGCGGCGGCGGCGGCGGGAGCGGCGCGCGGCGAGGAGCAGCGGCUCGCAGCCCUCCGGCCCGCGCGCCCCCACCCAGCGCCGGCCAGGGCAGGCGGAGCGCCCGCGGGCGGCGGUCCUCGGCCUCCCGGGUCUGCGCGCCGGGAAGCGGCUCGGAGCGGGGGUGUGUGUUUGUGUCUGGGCCGAGGACGGGGUUUCAUGGAAAAGUGAUUAACUCUUCAGAGACCUUCCCUGAGGAUGUCAGGUGUUGUUGCUAAUGAGGUCUCUCUCCUCCCCUCUUAACAAUGAAAGACAAGCCAGCCCCGGGUACCUGGAUGCAUUGAGAGCGGAAGUGUGAGAAACUUCAUAAUAAGUUGCCGAUGGCUACCAGCCAAGGCCAGAGGGUUGUUUUGCGGUUGUGCUGAGCCCAUCACACAUUAAGGGUCCUUUAAAGAACCUGGAUUGAUUGGAGGGACAAAAAUUAGAAGCAAUCUGAUCCCGCCUCAUGCCGGAUCCCCGCGGAUUUGCUCCUUAUCCCAUUUCCACCCGCUGUCACAAUUUGAGAGCCUGCCUGAUUUGAUCAGAUUCACCUCCGGGAGAGGUGUAAUGCCAAGGUUAGGAGGACGCCAAGUUAUGGGCAACUUUUUGAUCUGCCCGUCAGCAGUCUGAGAAACGCCGGCUCUGGGUUUUCCGCAUCGGCCUUCGGGAAGAAACAGGUUCCUUGCCCUUUGCGACCCGGCAGUCGGUGCUCGAGUCCCCGGGUCAUCCAGCCACCACUGCCUGGCAGAUGUGGCCCUUCCAUGCUGAGGCCGAGAGUCCCGCCUGACCCAGUCGCUGCCUCUCCAGCGCCCGUCCGGGCCACGCCCCUGCGGACUGCUCAGCCAUGCUGCCCCUGCUGGCUCUGUUCCUGCACUGCCUCCCACUGGCCUCUGGGGACUACGACAUCUGCAAAUCCUGGGUGACCACGGAUGAGGGCCCCACCUGGGAGUUCUAUGCCUGCCAGCCCAAGGUGAUGCGGCUAAAGGACUACGUCAAGGUGAAGGUGGAACCCUCAGGCAUCACGUGUGGAGACCCCCCUGAGAGAUUCUGCUCCCACGAGAACCCCUACCUGUGCAGCAACGAGUGUGACGCGUCCAACCCAGACCUGGCCCACCCGCCCCGGCUCAUGUUCGACAGGGAGGACGAGGGCCUGGCCACGUACUGGCAGAGCGUCACCUGGAGCCGCUACCCAAGCCCCCUGGAAGCCAACAUCACCCUCUCGUGGAACAAGAGCGUGGAGCUGACGGACGACGUGGUGGUGACCUUCGAGUACGGCCGGCCCACGGCCAUGGUCCUCGAGAAGUCCCUGGACAACGGGCGCACGUGGCACCCCUACCAGUUCUACGCCGAGGACUGCACGGAGGCCUUCGGCAUGGCCCCCCGCCGGGCGCGCGACCUGCCGGCGUCGGGCGCCCACCGCGUGCUGUGCACCGAGGAGUACUCGCGCUGGGCGGGCUCCAAGAAGGAGAAGCACGUGCGCUUCGAGGUGCGGGACCGCCUGGCCAUCUUCGCCGGCCCCGACAUGCGCAACAUGGGCAACCUCUACACGCGCCUGGAGAGCGCCAAGGGCCUCAAGGACUUCUUCACCCUCACGGACCUGCGCAUGAGGCUGUUGCGCCCGGCGCUGGGGGGCACCUACGUGCAGCGGGAGAACCUCUACAAGUACUUCUAUGCUAUCUCCAACAUCGAGGUCAUUGGCAGGUGCAAGUGCAACCUGCACGCCAGCCUGUGCUCCGUGCGCGAGGGCAGCCUGCAGUGUGAGUGUGAACACAACACCACGGGCCCCGACUGCGGCAAGUGCAAGAGGAACUUCCGCACGCGGUCCUGGCGCGCCGGCUCCUACCUGCCGCUGCCCCAUGGCUCUCCCAACGCGUGUGCCGCCGCAGGCUCUGCUGUUGGCAGCAUCGGUAGGCCCCGGAAGGACCCCAUCCCCAAAGCCCCUGUGGCCACCGUGGCCAUGAGAGGGGCCCCCAGCACUCUUGCCCUCUCCACAUCCGCUGCGCGGGGCCCCGGGGCCCCCAGCACCCCACAGCCCACAGCCAUCAGCCAGGGACUUUGGCACAGAAAGAGUGGAUCAGGCCAUCUACAGCUGCCCCCCUCGGGGAGAGCUCCCCUGGGCCCCAGAUGCCCUCCAGUGCAGAAGUUGUGGGCACCUUUGCUGCUGCCCCCGCCCCUGCCCCGGCCUCCAGACCUUUCCAGCUCAAGCCCAAAUCUGCUGAAGUGGUGCCCAUUGAAGAAUUCCAAGGGGGUGGCAGGAAGGCCCGGUGUCCCUUGGCCCACUGACCCGUGGUGUUUCUCACGCUCGGCCGGCCCAGACUGUGAGUGUUACGGCCACUCCAACCGCUGCAGCUACAUCGACUUCCUGAACGUGGUGACGUGUGUCAGCUGCAAGCACAACACGCGAGGCCAGCACUGCCAGCACUGCCGUCUGGGCUACUAUCGCAACGGCUCCGCCGAGCUGGACGACGAGAACGUGUGCAUCGAGUGUAACUGCAACCAGAUCGGCUCCGUGCACGACCGGUGCAACGAGACCGGCUUCUGCGAGUGCCGCGAGGGCGCAGCGGGACCCAAGUGCGACGACUGCCUCCCGACGCACUAUUGGCGCCAGGGCUGCUACCCCAACGUGUGUGACGAUGACCAGCUGCUCUGCCAGAACGGCGGCACCUGCCUGCAGAACCAGCGCUGCGCCUGCCCGCGCGGCUACACCGGCGUGCGCUGCGAGCAGCCCCGCUGCGACCCCGCCGCGGAGGACGGCGGCCUGGACUGCGACCGCGCGCCCGGGACCGCCCCGCGCCCCGCCACCCUGCUCGGCUGCCUGCUGCUGCUGGGGCUGGCCGCCCGCCUGGGCUGCUGAGCCCGGCCCGGAGGGGACCCUGCGCCCGGGGGGCGGCCCUGGGGGCUCGAGGGCCCGGGGGCCGGCGCCCGAGGCCGGGCGGCGAGAAGGGUGCGGCCCGAGCUGCUCCCAGGUGCUACACAGCAGAGCCCUCCCGCCUCCUCCCGCCGCGGUCAGUGGCACCUGCCCCCGCCCCGGCACUGCCCUCCGCCGCCGCAGGGGGCGCUGUGGGGGCUCUGGCCCCGGCCGCCUGCGAUUUGGGUCUUAGGUUUUCUUUUGUAUCACCCGCCGCCCCCCACCCUUUUUUUUUUUUUUUUUUUUUUUUUUUUGGCUGGUGGUGAGACAGCGGGUGGGGAGAAAUUCUCACCUCAACACCUCCAGGUCUGCCUCCCAACACACACACACACACACACACACACACACAUAUGCGACUGUUGCAGACACCCCCUGCGCCUGUCUCUGGCUUACCAUAGGCCAGCGGACCCCGAACUCCUGUUGCCUACAACUCUUCUUUCUUUGUUUUCCUUUGCAACCCACCAGACUCCGUGAGGCCUGGUGACCAAGGAACUCACCGUCUGGGGGAGGGAGUUAGGAAGGAGGGUUGGGAAGGCUGGAAACUUGGUUUUGUAGAGAACUAUUUUUGUUUGUAUUCACCGGCCCCUCUAAGGAGGACACGAGCCGGAACAGGUGGUUGAUGGUGUAUAAUCCGCCAGAGUAAAGAGUCUGCUCACUGCUG